AUGCUUGUACUACACUGGAUCGAUAAAACUACGCCCGGUGAGACUGAUUUGAUCCGAGCCGAGGUAACAUCCGCUAUUGUACGAAAACAAUGGCAGAAUAGUUACAACGUGGAUAAACCAAACCGAAGCGACCAUCCACCUGCCCUGUCUAAAGAGAUUGAAAGUUCUAGAUUUUCAUGUCCAACAUGGUUAACAAAAAAAGUUUGGAUUGUUGGUGGAACUAUACUGGCAAUAUCUAUUAUUGCAGCUAUUGUUAUUCCUCUAGCUAUCAAAUUCGGUAGAAUCACAACUACGACAACUGCACCAGUGUAUCUUGCUUAUUGGGCAUUUGAUAACAGUGCCGAUGACCUAUACGUUGGUUCAACAGCGCUGGUUGUAAAUUCAUGGUAUCAUGUGGCCUUUGUCUACAAUUAUGAAACAUCUCAACAAAUUAUUUAUCUUGAUGGUGUUCAAUAUGCAAGUCAGUCGACAUCAACAACUUAUCUGGGAACAAAUGGAACAAUGUAUUUUGGUUAUACACCACUCUUGCCAUUAAGCUUUUUUUCUGGCCACAUUGAUAAUGCACAAUUAACCACACGUGCCAAAUCAGCCGCAGAAAUAUUAGUGGAUGCCACCCAAGUAUUCUAUUAUUCAUUCGAUCAACCAAGUCCAUAUUCCGACAAUGGCCCAAAUCGUUUAAAUGUUACAAUACAAGAUGUGAUAUCUUCAUUCGGAAUUGUAGGACAGGGAGUUCGUUUUACAACUACUAGUUCGAGUUAUGUUCAAAUCAAUAGCUGGCCUUUCUCGGGUUGGCCGACUAAUAAACCAUUUACAUUUGCUAUGUGGAUAUACGCAACAUCUGUAAGUGGUGGUGGUCUCAUUUUUAAUCCACCUAACGGAAUUAGUUUACUUGGCUUGACAUAUAACGGACAAAUUGUUGCACAACUCCAGAGUCCUGCAAACGUUUGGCAAGCAGUGAUUGGAAGUUUUAUACCAGUUAAUACUUGGAGGCAUGUGGCAUGUACAUUCAGCGUAACAAAUGGUCUAACAUUGUACGUUAACGGUGUCUCACAAGGUUCUAUAAGCGGUAUUCUAACGUAUUAUUGGACUAGUAGUCUUUACUAUAUUUACCUUGGAUAUUGUAAUGGCCAAGCGUAUAUAGUAACGGGAGGUUCAUUUCAAGGUACAGUGGAUGAAUUUUACGCAUACAGGCGCGAACUAAGCGUUUCAGAAAUAUUUACGUUAGCUACUAUAUAA